UUUACGAGCACAAUCGGGGUACGUCUAGUUGUCCCUAGCAGAGCGUUUACAAGGCAUUUAUGCAUGGAGGUUUACCGUGGCGCUGAGGUAACCUGUGGGGAAGAAGUAUAUCUUCGGAAUCUUACAUGCAGUGAGACUCAGAAUGGUCAGCGGAAAAGAAACAGCAUGGCGGAAGUAACGGGGGAAAAUAAGGAAACGAGUUUAACCCGUGUUUCUGCCAAGAGCAGCAACAGAAGAAGAUUUGUUGGAACUAAGUCCCAUCCUGGUCAGAAAACAGACAAACUUGCAGAGGUUGGUGCAAAUUCCCGACGAGUUGUGCGACAAAUUCCCGAUGAGAUACUUCACAAUUCAGAGCUACAGGAUGCUGUUAGGCAGGUGAAGAAUAUUUGGAGCAUUUCCUUUGCUUAUAAUUUUUUUAAACCAAGUGGAAAUUUACAUGGUUUUGGUACCUCUUAGGGUGUUCAGUCUCAAAAGGUCCACAGCGGGAGCUUUUGCAGUACAAAAAGCUCCUCUUAGGGUGUUGA